ACGGCACGAUGGUCGCGCAAGAAUGUGAUACAGCUUCGACGGCCGCCAUUUUCUUUCUUUCUUAGCUGUUAGCCGAGAGGAAGUCUCUGAACGGGCGGCAGCGGCUAGCGUAGUGUAACCAUGGCAGACUAUUCAACAGUGCCUCCACCGUCUUCUGGCUCAGCUGGUGGCGGCGGUGGCGGCGGUGGUGGUGGAGGAGUUAACGACGCUUUCAAAGAUGCACUGCAGAGAGCCCGGCAGAUUGCAGCAAAAAUUGGAGGUGAUGCUGGGACAUCACUGAAUUCAAAUGACUAUGGUUAUGGGGGACAAAAAAGACCUUUAGAAGAUGGAGAUGGCUCUUGGACAAGUCCGAGCAGUACAACACACUGGGAGGGAAUGCCCUCUCCUUUUAAAGAUCAACCAGAUGCUAAGAAAGUUGCGCCUCAAAAUGACUCUUUUGGAACACAGUUACCACCGAUGCAUCAGCAGCAAAGCAGAUCUGUAAUGACAGAAGAAUACAAAGUUCCAGAUGGAAUGGUUGGAUUUAUAAUUGGCAGAGGAGGUGAACAGAUCUCACGCAUACAACAGGAAUCUGGAUGCAAAAUACAGAUAGCUCCUGACAGUGGUGGCCUUCCAGAAAGGUCCUGUAUGUUAACUGGAACACCUGAAUCUGUCCAGUCAGCAAAACGGUUACUGGACCAGAUUGUUGAAAAAGGAAGACCAGCUCCUGGCUUCCAUCAUGGCGAUGGACCGGGAAAUGCAGUUCAAGAAAUCAUGAUUCCUGCUAGCAAGGCAGGAUUAGUCAUUGGAAAGGGGGGAGAAACUAUUAAACAGCUUCAGGAACGGGCUGGAGUUAAAAUGGUUAUGAUUCAAGACGGGCCGCAAAACACUGGUGCUGACAAACCUCUUAGGAUUACAGGAGACCCAUAUAAAGUUCAACAAGCCAAGGAAAUGGUGUUAGAGUUAAUUCGUGAUCAAGGUGGUUUCAGAGAAGUUCGGAAUGAGUAUGGGUCAAGAAUAGGAGGAAAUGAAGGGAUAGAUGUCCCCAUUCCAAGAUUUGCUGUUGGCAUUGUAAUAGGAAGAAACGGAGAGAUGAUCAAAAAAAUACAAAAUGAUGCUGGUGUUCGAAUUCAGUUUAAGCCAGAUGAUGGGACAACACCUGAGAGGAUAGCACAAAUAACAGGACCUCCAGACCGAUGUCAACAUGCUGCAGAAAUUAUUACAGACCUUCUUCGAAGUGUUCAGGCUGGUAAUCCUGGUGGACCUGGACCUGGUGGUCGAGGAAGAGGUAGAGGUCAAGGCAACUGGAACAUGGGACCACCUGGUGGACUACAGGAAUUUAAUUUUAUUGUGCCAACUGGGAAAACUGGAUUAAUAAUAGGAAAAGGAGGUGAAACCAUAAAAAGCAUAAGCCAACAGUCUGGUGCAAGAAUAGAGCUUCAGAGAAAUCCUCCACCAAAUGCAGAUCCUAAUAUGAAGUUAUUUACAAUUCGUGGCACUCCACAACAGAUAGAUUAUGCUCGGCAACUCAUAGAAGAAAAGAUUGGUGGCCCAGUAAAUCCUUUAGGGCCACCUGUACCCCAUGGGCCCCAUGGCGUCCCAGGCCCCCAUGGACCUCCUGGGCCUCCAGGGCCUGGAACUCCAAUGGGACCAUACAACCCUGCACCUUAUAAUCCUGGACCACCAGGCCCGGCUCCUCAUGGUCCUCCAGCCCCAUACGCUCCCCAGGGAUGGGGAAAUGCAUAUCCACACUGGCAGCAGCAGGCUCCUCCUGAUCCAGCUAAGGCAGGAACGGAUCCAAAUUCAGCAGCUUGGGCUGCUUAUUAUGCUCACUAUUAUCAACAGCAAGCACAGCCACCACCAGCAGCCCCUGCGGGUGCACCAACUACAACUCAAACUAAUGGACAAGGAGAUCAGCAGAAUCCAGCCCCAGCUGGACAGGUUGAUUAUACCAAGGCUUGGGAAGAGUACUACAAGAAAAUGGGUCAAGCAGUUCCUGCUCCGACUGGGGCUCCUCCAGGUGGUCAGCCAGAUUAUAGUGCAGCCUGGGCUGAGUAUUAUAGACAACAAGCAGCCUAUUAUGCCCAGACAAGUCCCCAGGGAAUGCCACAGCAUCCUCCAGCACCUCAGGGCCAAUAAUAAGAAGUGGACAAUACAGUAUUUGCUUCAUUGUGUGGGGGAAAAAAACCUUUGUUAAAUAUAUGGAUGCAGACGACUUGAUGAAGAUCUUAAUUUUGUUUUUGGUUUAAAAUAGUGGUUUUUUUUUGUUUUUUUUUUUUUUGUUUUUUUUUUUUUUUUGCAAAUGUACAAAAUAUCUAUCACUACUGAUAGGAGGUUAAUAUUUCUGUGUAGAAAUGAAAAUUGGUUUGUUUUUAGUAUUUAGUGUAGAUGUACACAUUCCAGCAAAUGUAUUUGCAAUUAUGUGGUUGAUGCUUUGUGAUAUAAAUGUACUUUUUCAAUGUAUACUUUCACUUUUAAAAUGCCUGUUUUGUGCUUUACAAUAAAUGAUAUGAAACCUCCUGUGUCGGUAAGUUGGAUAUGUGGGUAUUUAAAGGAUUCAUAAUUUCUUAGCAAUGAUAAAUUAAGAUACAUAUACACAAAUAUAUAAGCUUUCCCCAUGAAAUAUUGAGUUUUUAAACACUGGCAUGUUUUUCCCCCCUUGCAGUAUAGUGGUAGAUUGGAGGAUCUUUUCCAUUUAUUGUAUUUGGCUCUUUCAGCACAAGUAAUCCUGGUAUCUUCAUUUUUUUUCCUUCUGUUUGAUUAAAAACUGCAUGUGUGUACAAUGAUCUUCUGGCAUACUUCCAUUGCAUUAACAGUGAAAUUUCCUUUUUAUACAUGACCACUGUUUCAGACCUGUACUGCUGCUAUAACAGUUAACCUUUCUGUUCUUAAUUUGAUAAUACUUGAUUUCCAAGACUGUUUCGGCAUAACUAAUUUUAAACAGUUUUCAGAUAGUGAAUAUGAGUAGUCUAAUAAGAACAGUUUUUUUUCCAUGUAAAGCAACUCUUUCAAUGUAUAUAAUAGUGUGUUUCUUUCUAAAUUUAGGAUAGAAAAGUGAAUAGUGUGCAAAAAGUAUAGCUACAUUGCAUCUGCCAUUGAAACAUAAAUGGGGUAUGGAAACGUUCAAGCUUUUUUUUUUUUUCUUUAAGCAGUAUAGAUAAGCUUUGUUUUGUAAAUGCACAAGUCCAAUCAUUGAAUCAACUUAAUUUUUUUAUGUACUUGAAGUCAUUUUAUUACUCUUUAACACUCAUGCUGAAGUUCUGAUAUUUUGUUGAAAUCCAUUGUUUUACUCUUUGCAUAUUUGUUGGCUCUUUGCAUAUUAAUAUAUUAGACUACAUGCAAAUACAGUCUGUCUUGCCAUUGUCUGUUGAAGUGCAGGUUUGAUCCAGCCAGUAUAGAACUAGCUCUGUAGGGGUGAGGAGGACUGUGCUGUGUAUCAUCCUUGAUUGUGUUCCUUCAAGGAGCAUUGCACUGUAAGUACAUCAGAAUGACAAAUUGAUGAACUGCAACAGUAUCUUUUUGUCAAUGUUCCACAUAAUGCAAAUGCCAUACUUUGUGUGAAUAUUAUGUUGGAAUACAGUGCUGAUAUCUUGGAAAACCAUAACUGCUUCUUAAUUUAACAUAGAAUAAUACAUAGUUCUGUAUUUUUUUUAAAGUGAGCUUAAUGGGUAAGUAUUUUUUAUAUGCUUUAGCUAUAGCUAAAGAAAACUGAUACUUAACAAAGUUGAAUAGUAUUAUUCACUGGUGCUCCUGAAAUAUUGUUUUUCAGUGUAAAAUAUGCAUAUAUUCUAUAUUUAAUAUGAAAGUUUUGAAAUGUAUCAGACAGAAGGGGAUUUCAGUUUGCAAAUAAUGAGCAAUGUAGCAAUUUUAACACAUUUCAUAAAUAUAUAUUUUGUCAUUGGUGGGGAGCACCAUUUGUUGUUUUGAAUAUACUUUAAAGGAAGAGGUACAAGGACAUAAAUGUUGAGAUUACCUACAGGAUGGAAAUAGCAGUACAGUUCAUUAUAGAUAUUUUGAAAUGUUUUUGAUUGUUUUAUAUAACCUAGAGUGACUUCCCUUACCCUUAUUUAGAUCUGGAUAUAUAGUUCUAGUUUGAAGUUUAAUAGUUAAGGAGUUAGCUAUUUGUUAUCUUUAAGAGUAGGGUAUUGACGUGAGCAAUUGCAGUAUUUUGCAUGAUACUGUUUUAUAGAUGACCUUUUAGGAAAGUGGUACAUUUAUUAAUUGAACUGAAGAAGUAGUUCAGUUGAAUUCAGUAUCAUAACUCACAAAUUGGAGGCUGUUGAUUUUGAUUCAUUUAAGGUUUAAAAUCUUUAUUAAUUGCAAACAGUGCAAUUAUUUAUACUUCACAGUGCCUUCCCAGACCUUCCACCUUAGGUUCUGCUGCAAAAAGCACCAGGUAAGCACAACCUAAGGACAUAUAUAAAUAAAUAUUUCAGUACAUUAAUGUUGUCCCUGUGAGGUUUUUGUGGUUGUGUAUUCAAAGGCAAUCUGCUACUGCUUCCCCAAAAUGUAUUUUGUUAUUUUAUGCUACCAUCUUAGUGGAAAGUCUGUAAGUUGUUAAAGCAACUGUUUACAUUUCUGGGUAAUGUUUUUUAUUUUACUUUUUUUUUUUUAAGACAAGAAAAUGAUGAGUAGAUUGCUGCAGUAAUUGAUCUACAUCCAAAUCUUUUUGUAUUUUUUCCCCAAAGAUAGAAGAAGUGUUAAGAUUAAGAAAGGACAAUUACACAGUUUUCAAGAUUUAGGAAAUCACUUGUUCAGAAACUUCAACAGCCUUCACAAUCUGUUUUAUAUGAUGGACAGAAAAUUUCUUUGCCCUCCAAAACUAUAAUUUCUUUAUUUUUUUCUUAAACUAUAAUAAUUCAGUAAGGAUAUUAUGGGUUACAAUUUUAUUAUGAUUUUUUUCUGAGACAAAAGUUAUAUGCUGAAAAAGGAAAAAGUUAUAAGGCAGUAUGUUUUGAUAAAAGGCAUGUGCAUCAGUGAAAUGUUAACUGUACAGCAAAUAACCUUUCAUAAUCUGUAGCAAUCAGUAUUUUUCUGAUUUAAUAAUAUUUUAAUAACUGACGCUGCAUUUAUAUAAUUUUUUUGCCAGUUUAAAAUGUUUGUGUGUUUUUAUAGAUGAUUUUAACUGGUACAUAUUUUGAGUUAAGAUGAAUGUAUGAAAGCAGCAUCUUAUCAGUUUUGUUUAUUCAAUUUCUAAAAUGUGCUGAUCCUUUUAAAACUCCUGCUUAUCUCUGCAACAAAGAAAAAUAUUCAAAAAUACUGCCUUCAUUUUCACACACAGUGCUGAAGAUGCUGCAAGCACCAAAUCAUAGCUCAUAAAAUCAGGUCCUGAGAUAGUUACCCAUAAAGAGGAAUCCUUUGAGUGUAUGCCAUUGGUGAGCCGAUGAGCAUGGACCAUAGAAGGGCUCAAUGUAGAAGGUAAAAUUGGCAAAUCAUAAUUGAGAAAUAUGAAAUGUAUUCCCAUACAUAAUAUGGUAUAGGGUGUAAUGUACCUGCUUUUGAUCACUUUUCAUUUUAAAGUGCUAUUCACUUGAUCUUAAAUGUUCCAUGAACUGUUAAAUUUCUUAAGUUACAUAGUUAUUACACCACAUUUAUGUGUAUGUUAUGUUUUAAUAGUCAAUGAUAGGUAUGUAAAUAUAAAGGGACUCAUUGAAACUUGAGAGCCUGUCGAGUUUUGGUUAGUUGUAGAUUGCAUUUUUAUUAAAAAAAUAUAGAUAGAUGAAUGAUAAUAGAUAUUGGGGCACUGUUUCUGUCUCAUGAGAAUUCUUUUAUUCAUUACCAUAAGCCUUCACUGAUAAUAUAAGCAUUAUUUUAAAUGACGCUGGUCUUAAAUCUGAAAUAAAUGGAAAGCAGAAAAGGUGAGCCAGUUGAUUUGAAUGCAUUGGAUAUUAGUGUUAGAAACAAUGUAUAGUUUAGAUUGAAAUUGAACUGACUUUAUUUAGCACUUAAACAAAAAUUUGACAAUGUUUUUAGUUUUUUUUUUAAGACAGCUUAGUGUGGUGAUACUUAGAAUUCUAUGGUUUGAUGUUUCUUUUAGAAAUGAGAAGUAUAGUUUUAUUUUUUAAUAUCAAAAAUGGUUUUAAUACUAAAACUAGUAAUUUAAUACUAGUUGUUUAUAAACAUUGUAAAAUAUAUCUUUUAAACAAAUUAUCUUAGUAGUUAAUUCAUAAGAGUGGGUUUGGGUAGGAAUAGCAGAGUACCUUCAGAGGGAAAGGGGAGUAAUUCAGAAGUGAUAGCAUUUUAUUUGUUUGAAUACUCUGCCAGUAAAAUCAGCUCUACUUAGAAAGUUAUCUGUUGUGUAGAAUAAUGAUGUAGAGUUUACUAAUCAGUGAGGAUGUCUUGUUUUUAUUUUCUGCAAACUCUGCCUCACUUUAAAAUGCAUUUUAACAAUACCUAAUUAAAGAUAAUUUUGGUUCUGAAAAUAACCUUAUUUUUUGUUGAGUUAGUGACUUCAUUUUUCUUGUCACAAUAUAAGCUUUUGAGGGAUUUUUUUUAAUUGGUGCUUUUAAUAAGCAAAUCCCAGGGUUUUAUUUUCUUCAGUGAUACCCCUAUAGAAACUCUUAAAUGUAUUUGCGCAUAUAUAUAUAUUUUUUCUUAUGCAUGCUCGAUGCAUUUUCGUCCUGAGAAAAAUGUUCUCUACAGAAACUACCCGUGUGUAAAAAGAAGAUUGGCUUAAAAUGGCUACUGUGAUGGGAACAGUGUCUUAGGGAGAUGCAGCUUGGACUUGAGGUAAAUUGAAUACUUUACAAACUGUGGUUUAGAGUUUGCUUUAAUGACAUUGUAUGUAAAAGGUCACAUGAUAGCUGUAAUUUUGUAUUCAUUAUGGUUUCCUCAAUAAAUAAAUGUACAUUGAUGAAUAUUAUAAGGGAGUGCUUUGUGUUUUUUUAUACAUAUAUUACUUGGUAAAAUUUUCUACUUGACUGGGUUUUUUUUAAUGCUUACUGUAAGAAAAGAUGAUUUUUUAAAAGUUCUAAUGAUAAAGGGGUACCAUCUGGUUGCACAAGUCUUAAAAUACAGAAAGACUUUUAAAUACAGAAGUUACUUUAUUUGGGUUCACAUUGUAAAAUAAAAUUGUCUUCCAGAAAAUUAAAAUAUAAAACAACUUAAUAGAACAUAAUAGCUAAUUAUUUACAAACUCAUUUUAAAGACUAGAAUUUUAAAUUGAAGGUUGUUCCACUUUUUCCCUAAGUCUGAUACACUUAGAUCUUGAAACCUUCAGCUAUGUUGAAAGUGUUUUCUCUUCUGUGAACUAUUAAUACAAAGUUUUUUUAUUAAAAUAUAAUUUGCUCAGGCAAGAUCACAUAAAUUUGCUUUAUAAAUUUAAUUAUAUAUUACGUUCGAAAAAUAAUGUUUAAUAUCCUCAACACUCAACACUGUAUAGGCAGUCAAAGUCCUUUAAUUUUUGUUUUUCUCCAUGCUCCUCCCCUUUUCCUCUAAAAGGAGUGACACUUUUCCCCACCCCGCUCCAAUAUAUCUGCUUCAGAAAGACUUUGAAACAACCACCAAAAUGGUA